UAGUAGGAAAACCGAGUAACUUCAUAUACAGUCUUUGUUUACGCGAUAGCGAAGUUUGAUAAAAGUGAGUUGUUAUCGAUUAGUUUAGUCUGCAGUCAGAACUCGCGGGACGGUUGAGCGUGGCAAAAUAUUCCGCAAGUCUUGUCAGAUAAGUUUACAGGAUGUCGGAGGAGAUUCUCCAUAACGAGGACAAAGAGACUCUGAGGAGAAGACUGGAGCAGUUGAAGCAAGAAUAUGAAAGGACGGCGCAAAGACUACAGAGAGCAGAGCAUCAUGAUGCCAUUCGCAGACACAGACUUACACAGAUUGAGUUGUCACAGACUUCUGAGCCGUCCUCUGCAGCUUCUUCCAUGUCAACCUCAGAUCAUUUUGAAAACCAUCAGAAUCUGCAAUUACAAACAAACAGAAACAUCUCAGAUUUUUCUGCUGUUGAGAAAACCCCUGCCUUCCAAUUGCAACUAGCUGAGAUUACAUCUACACCGUCUUUGUACUCCCCUGCAUGCAAGCGAAGCCCUGCUCACCGGCUCCGUUCAAAACGCAGUCGACUGCGCCUACAGAACAAAGAGCGAGAAUCAGACACUGACAUCAGCCAAGAGAAUAUCCAUGAAAGAGAGAACGCCGAAAUAAGGGAAUGUCCUAAUAGUAAAGGGAACAGUCUGAAAAAAGUUAAAAAUGAAGAGAAGGACUUUGAAAAGAUAAAAGAAAGAGACAUUGAGAAGGAGAAGUGUAAGGAUAGGCCAUCACGAGUAAAAACAGACAGUAAAAUUGUGAAGCCACCUCAAGUUCUGGAGAAUGAUGGGAAAAAAGAGGAACACUGUGUAUUAAACUGCUCUGUGAGUCAAUCAAAUGACAAACUGCCAGUGGUUUCAAGUAUAGAAAUUCAUUUAGAAAAUCAAAAUGCUGACAGUAGCAAGGCAGAGGUUGAUUUACCUCUUACUGAUUGGCCUGUUAAGGAAGAAUUACACUUUGGUCCACCAGUGUCUAUCUCAUUUUUCUCUCAGUCAGCUGAGGCAACUGACAAAUCAGUAGAGAUGUUAAAACAAACCAAACAGCCAUCAACUAAAAAAGAUUAUGAUGACAAAAUUGAUGUUAAACAAUCCUCAUUUACAUCUGGUGUUCUAGACUCAUGCACACUUGUCGAGGGUUUACCAUUUCCAGUGGAGUAUUAUGUUCGGACGACACGACGCAUGGCUGCAUCUAACAGCUCCAUUGAUCUAGAUGCUGUCAUUUAUAGCCAGCUCACAGGAGGGCGAGGCAGACGCAGACUGAGCCAAUCACAAUUGAGCAGUAGAGGUCAGGUGACCCCAGAGCGUUUAGAACCAGUCUGUAGGACCACUGACCAACAAAGAGGCAGAGGAAGAGGACGGAGAGGGAGGAGAGGACGUCGAAGAACGACUGUAGGACCCACAUCAUGUGCCAAUCUUACAGCAGAUUCUCCAGAGUCUCUUAACAAAUCUCACGAUGAAUUACUCAGGCAAUCAGAAUUGGUUCUUGAAGGUCCGCAGGUUGAGUCUCAGUCAAACGAUUUGCAUGAGCCUGCAGUGAAUUUAAACCCAGAGCAAGGAGCUACUCAAGAUUUAAAGCAUCUCCCAGAUUCUCAGCUUUACAUUGACUCCCAACUCAUCCCGGAUUCAAAUUUGUAUCCUAUUUUCAGGAGAAAGCUUGGACAAACUGGAUUAGAGUCUCAGAAAGGAACAAAUAAAUAUGAUCAGUCGCCAUUUUUGCCAUCAUUAACUUCACUUAUCCAGGGUCUUCAAGAAAAGAAAACAACAAGUGGACAAGUAACUCUUGAUGAUAUCCAGGAUUUCCACUUACCCGAUGAGGAUUUUGGCCAGCUGAAGCUUGAAAGAUUAUGCUUGCCCACUUCAAUCGUAGAACCCUUCCCACAGCACCAUCUAGCGUACAAAACACGGCAGAGCAGCAGGCGCCAGAGAGCGAGAAAGUGUAAAACUGAUGCACAUUUUUCAGUGGGGGAAUUGUUUACUCCAGAACCCAUAUAUAUCUCUUCACUUGAGGACAGUUUACCACAUUGCCAAUCAGAUGCCACUGACCAAUCGCAGACAGAGAUACCAAAAGAUCCUCAUGCUGUAAAUGAAAUCUCUUCAGCUCUGAUGAACUGCACUGAACCAGGCGAAUGCAUGAAUAAUGAGAGAAAGGUUGAAUCCUCAGAAGCAGAAAACAUUAAAGGGCUGCAAUCACAAAUACAAAAACAAUCUGACAUACUCCUAGAGAAAACCUCACUUUCUCCUGUGAUACUGAAGUUGAGUCCAUCUUUGACCGCGCACACGCAGAAGAGUCAAGAUCCUGUGCUGCCAUCUCUAGGAAUGUCCCCUCACUUUUUGACUCCAGCUUCACCCUUAGAUCUCCGGAGCCCUCUCUUUUCAUCAUCUGGCAUCCUUAAGUCUACCUCUUCAGUGACACUCAUGGGUUGUGUUUCUCCAGAAUCCGUCUCAGCCAAAACUUCAGAGAACAUAAAAAAUAGUAACUUUAUAAAGCGAGGAGGUCGAGCUGAAGUUCAGAGAGGCUCUAGGAUUCAGACACCAUCUAAAAUGACUCAAGAGUCAAUAACAAAAGCUCAAAAUAAUGUGAAACUGAAUAUGUCUUCUCAGAGGAACAUUGCAUUGGGAUAUGAACAUUUAAAAAGUCCAGAAACCCCAAAGAGAGAGUCCUCAUGCAUCUCAGGAAAUUACCUGGAACAUGAAAGAAGUUUUGAUGAAGAAAGCAAUCUUGAAUGUGGAAAUAAAACCAAGUGCACAACAGAAAAUGAAGCUCAGCUCCACAAUAAUCCCCAACUGGAGAGUAUUAAUCCUGUUCAAAAUUGUGAAAGCUCUAAGCUUUGGUCUGAAACCCAAAGUCAAACUCCCUUUGAUAAGAUAUCUUUGGAGACUUCUGUAAAUCAGAGAACAGAAAGAAGGAAUGAGUCAGAGGAAUUUUCUUCCAACAAUCUGACAUUAUUUCAUGAGCAAACGCCAUUCUCUGAUGCAGGUCAUUUUUCCACAGUCCUGCAGGAGAUGCAUACUUUUAAGGCGCUGGAAGAUGGAUGCGUGUUGGAUUUGUGUUUGGUGCGAUGGCCAUCAGAGGACUGCUGCAUAUGUGUGGCUGGACAAUGGAGUGUUUGUCUUUGGGCUCAAAGGAAGGGAGAUCAGACGUGGAGUCUUUCACAUUCCUGGACAUUUGCACAGUCCGUCAUGUCUUUGCAAGCAAUUGCAGACUCUUCUGGGUUGCUUUGUGUGACUUUGGGUCAAUUGGAAAUUGCAGAGGCAAGGGUGCUCUGCUGUCCAGGUAAUGAUGGACCAUUCUCUCAGACUGUUGUGUGCACGGACACGUUACAAGCUGUGGUCGGUGUGUCCAACUGUCGGCUAGUGUGUUGCUCCACCCCUGGAUAUCAGCAAAGAGUCAGCAUGUUAACCUUGUCUCAAGAGGGAAGUGUAGUGAAAAGUCUUCCCUUCAUCUCUGCUAAGCAGAACAUUCAGACCCUUGCAGCUGUAGAAGGAGAAAAAGAGGCUCUGAUUGGAUUGACAGAAUGUAAAACCCUCCUUAUAUGGAGCAUGAAGUCAGGCCAGCUGCUUCAGACUAUAUGCCUGGAGAAGACUUUAACCAGGACCAACUGUAUGAAGGGAUAUUCCUACAGAGGUGUGCUGUGUGUAUUGCUUCAAAAUUCUGGAUAUGUGUGUGAUGAAGAGAGUAACACAUGCCUUUUUACUCUGGUUGCCACAAAUCCUCUGACUGGCAAACAUAUCACACUGUCCUCCAUCAGCCACCCUGAUCAACCCAAACAGCCAUUAUUAGAUGGUGAUGUCUCGGGCUCCAGGCUGGUUGGUGUUUUCCAGAAUGGUCAUCUCGCUGUUUGGGAUCUUAGGGAGAGUGUAGCUAAAGCUACUGUUGUGCUGGAUGAGUCGUGUCGAUUAGCUCGAUGGGCAGGACCAGACACACUACUGACUGGAUAUCUCAACGGGGAUGUCAGUGUGUUUCAUUAUAAAUCGGCGUAAACGGUUCAUACAAAGUUUCUGUGAAUCUUUUUUUAAAUGUUAAAGAAAAAUCAAGAUACGUUUUCAGAUUUCGGUUGUUUGUGCGAGUUGUGCACUGUCUUAUGCAAGCUAUUCAUAAAUAUAAGCAUUACCAGAAACAGUUGUACUUUUGGAUAUGUAAAAAUAUAUUUUACAAAAUAAAACUAAAUUCUGGCAAUUC